ACCCAAAGAUCCUUCAACUACUACUAAGAAACUUGAGUUCAGUACCGUGAGGGAUUAAUGUUUGACCGGUGACCACGUGGCAGACAUAAUUACUCUUCGUCCGUAUACCAUCAUCCUACUACAGUACAUCUAUCACUCGUGAAACAACCUUAGAAACCAGUCCCGUGCCUAUGUUGACAAUACUCUUUGUCAUUUGGUAAUGCAACAAGUUUAUGGCUCAAGUGCAUCUUCAUGCUCUCGUAUGUUAUCAUGCAUUCUCUGGGUAUCAAACUGGAUGCUCCUUCCUGUAUAUGACCGGAAUCAACCUUGAUAAACAGACAUUGCUUGUCUGUUGAAUAAAGCAUGGGUGUUCCUGGCCGUAGUGACCGACACCGCCCGGCACGCGGCAUUCCGUCUCACUCGCUGAUAAAAGCCGCGCGACGAUUUAUAAGAACUGUCGCUCUCUUGAUGAGUCAGGCUGAAUCUCGCGUGCACCGUCCCAGCAAAACACUCCUGCUCGGACCAUUCUCCCAAACUGGCUCGAAGUCGUCUCCGCUGGUCGAUAUGACUCUGAACUACGACGUCCUCUGCAUAGUUCUUUUCCAGCUUAGCUUCCAAUCUCGCCGAGGUUUGCUCUGCAUGAUGCGGACCUGCAAGGACCUGCAUGAAUACGGCUUACCGGUACUCCUGGGCUCUCCGAUUCGAGUUCAAGGCACUAAUGUGGAGGACUUCUGUCGCUUUAUUCUGAGCGACAAGGUUAGGUUUGGCAGUCUCCUCAGGGACAUUACCCUUGCAGAUUGUGGUUCUCAUGGGGAUCCAGAAAGGCAGAUCGUCCAUUACAUUGGUGAUCUCUUGGAAAUAUUCAAACAUACGAGCAUCCUGCACAGGCUGACUUUCACACAUACGGAGAACAUGUGGCGUCAUGCUAAACCUUUGCUCAAUCUAGCCUUGAACCACCCGAAUAUCAACCACCUCCUGCUAGAGAAUCUCGGCCUUCAGUCUGAACCUGAUGUGGAAGCCAAGAAUAUUCCUGCGCAGAAGAUAUCUUUAUCGUUCGGGUGGAAGCAUCUCCAUCAUGAAGUCGAUAUCGAGGAUCUCGCCCCUUUCCAGUCUUCCCUCAUGGAGUUGCGCACAGAUCUCCUUUCAUUCGAGCAUGCCAAUAUUCAGUUCCACUCCAUGCAGUCGCUCACUUUCGACUGGUUACCCGCUACUCAUUUCACCUCCAAGACGUUAUCAUACGUUUUCCCGAACCUGCGGUCACUCACUAUUCAUCGAUCAACAUCAUCUAAUGACUCUUUCACCAAAGCACAGUUAGUCUACGCGCGGACCCAGAACAGGGGCAAUGUUGGUAGUGAGACGUGGUCACAGCUAGACCAUGUGGCCGGCUACGUAGAAGCCAUUUAUAUCCUUGGCUUGACCUGCAAAAUCCGUCACAUUGAGGCAGAAUGGGAUGAUAUCCAAUUCGGCAAGUUGCUGAACGAGAUUGUCAACGACUGCAGCCCACGUUCCAUCGCGUUCAAAACCGUACUAACAACUCGAGAGGCCAUUCAGGGUCUUAGAGAUGCAUUUCGGAUGUGUUUACACCCAUCCUCAAUACUACUCCAUUUCUGCCUAUUUGAUGAUGCUAUUAGCGUCAUUGAUCCUUUGGUUAUGCAAGACUUCUUCGACUUCCUGCGCAACCUGUCUAUCUCUUAUAUCGAGAUUCAUCUUCAUCCUCAAUCCAAGUCGUUGAAAACCGUUGGCUUUGGGUGGCCGCAAGGCGAGGAUCAUUUGACCUCAUUUGCUGAGUGUAUCAUGCGAAGCAGCAAAACUAUUCAGCAUAUCCUAGUCGAAAUACCUGACAUUGGAGUUUACUUUUGGGAGGUCCACGACGACGAUACGAUUGGGAGCGGGAAAUGUCUCCGCAGGGUGUCUGGCAUGGCAGGACGUUGUCAGGACUUUGUUCCAAGAGCUCAAUGAAGUGAUGCUGACUAUCGUGUCUGAGAGGAAAGUCAGGCAAAGGGAAGGUUUGAGGAUAUUUGAUACUACUGUACGAUGCACGGUCGACGUUCCAACCCCCGUCGUUACCUUUAACAAUUUAGAAGCAGAACUGAAGGCAGAUAGAUGGAAUCAAGGCCUUGGUCCAUCAGGAGAACUGUUGAAACAAGUAAAGCACGAGACACUACCACAGCACUAUUUGAUUUUUGCUUCCGAUUGAAAGUACAGCAAACUAUAAUGCACCAAUAGUCCGUCCGAGUCUCUCGGCCAGGUACGC